AUGACGCAAAAUGUUCCCGACUUGACGGAGAUCACCAAGACUGAGAAGUCACUUCUUCAAGAACGUUACGAGAAAUGCGAAAAACAAUUAGCGUUGGUUCGGGAAAAUUAAGGCUAGUAACUAUCACUUAAUCCUCCUCACAGGAAUAGGUUUAUCGCUGUUCUUCCGUGUGGAGUAUGCUGAGUGGAUUCACCUGAGAAGUCAAGGGGAUUCGAAUGGGGAGGCAGGGAACUCGCCCAACCACGGAUAGUGAAAAACUGCCUCUAAAAAAAAGCGAAGGAGGCGAUGGCGGGACGACAGAAAUACAUCGCCUCCUUGCAAACUAAGUUACUCG